AUGGAGGUGAUCCACCAGCUGGCGGUGAGACUGCAGCCCGCAUCUGGAGACGACAAGCCAGGAAUGCCCAUCAGCUGGCAGUUCGUGUUUGUCGCUGUGUCCUUCCAAAUCCUGAGUGCCAACAAGCUGUGGGACUGGCGUCUUGUGCCCGCCGGUGUCGACAAGGCGUGGAACUCGCAGAACAUCCUCGUGCCAGGGGAUCGCGAGGCGAUGUCCACGCAGGUCGCUGUGAACGUGGAUGGAGCGACGCUGCAUGGCCGGGACUUCCACAUCGUGGAGCCCCACGAGACGGAAGUGCUGCUGACAGUAGAGCUGACAAAGGACAGGCCCGGCAAACCGCCAUGCGCAAGGGUUUGGUACGAGGUUGCCACGAGAAAGCUGCAUGGCACCAUUGUGGCAGACAAGCGCCCGGUGAGCAAGGAGAGCGUCCUUGCUGCGCUGCAGUGCCGUGGGCACGAGGCCUCCUCAGCGCGGAAACACUGGGACCACGCCUUGGCGGCGCGCUGUCCAGAAUGGUGGCAGGCUUGGGCAGAAGGCGAAGUGAAACAACGGCGGCAUGCAAAGCGAGUCUGCCGCCGCCUCAACCGCUUGCCAGAUGCUGGAUCCAGGGCGCGGGACACGGACAACGGCGAGACGGAGCUUUCAAAGGAGGACUUGCUUGGCGUUUUGCAGCGGCUCGCCGAGCUGUUGAGAGAGCAUCAGCAAGCACUUGCGGCGUGCAGGAAAUCGUCGACGGUGACCUUGUCCUUCACCGACUCUUUCCCAUACAUGCCGCCUCAAGCAAUAAGCAUUCUGGAGCGCAUCGGAGAUCAAGCUCUUGAAUCUCUGCGGGGCUCGGGCUCUGUCCCAGGUGGACUGCACGAGUUGUGCCGCAAGGGUGCAAGGCAUCUUUGGGACGCAGAUGUGCGCGAGGCGAUGGAGACCGUCCGCUUGCUUCUGGAAGUCGGCGAGCGCAAGGCAGUCCAUGGUGCCAAACAGCUCGCGGUGCGAGCAGGAGGGCAACUGACAUCAGCUUGCGGAAAGAAGCUGGAAGGCGGCAUGCGCGUGAUGGUCCGCUGGCUGCCGGGUUCCGUUGGUGCCACACACCUUGCGUACCUCAACGGGCACAUAGGAGUCCUGGGUUCCUUCGACGGCAGCUCGCGGCGCUGGCAGGUGGGCUUCGAGACCUUUGAUGGCCACCUCGAGAUCGGGGCGGAGCACCUCCACGUCUGUGCCCAGAGGAAAGGGCCUGAGGCCAGGGAGAAGGCGCCCAGGCGGGAGGGUCUGAGCUGCGAGAUGUGCCUCGGGCAGUUCUUGGAAACGCAGAUCCGAAUGCUGCCCUGCGAAUCGCAGCACAGUUACUGCCAAGAUUGUUUGCGGAAGUGGGUGCUGACACAGCUGGUGCCUCGCUGCUACCGCUGCUUGGAUGAAGCCGACUUGCUGACGAUGCAACAGGGUCGGCCAGAACCAUGGAAUGCCGUGGUUGGGGGGGAGGCGGACGCGACGACCAUGUAUCGGAUUGGCAAGGAUGACAUCGAUCGUUUGGAGUGCGUUUGCUGCUUCGACGUCUGCAGCGGCGCGCGCUGCAUCAUUAUCGGCCUACCUGGCUUGUCGGGCCAGCGCUGCAUCGUUGGGAGGGUGGAGAAGAACCAGGCCGAGAGUUUCGCCGUGAUCUACGAUGCGAAGGGCUGCCGGCGCCAGGUGCACGUGGCGUGCCUGGCAGUAGACGAUUGUCUGUCAUCUGGCCGCACAGCUCGCGGUGACCCCUGUCCUUCCAAGGGUGAGCGCCUGAGCCUUGGGCUGGGUGUGGCAAGCCUCGGGUGCGCCUGCGUGGUGAAGCAGGCCAUGGACGCGAUGUUCGUGGAGCAACUGGCAAUGCCUUUCGAUUGGCUGGUCUCCAGGGUAGAGGGCGUCCUCUACUUCUUCCGGCACGGCUUCCGCGACUUCACGCACUACGACGAUGCACAGGUCGUCGGCGAGCACGGGUAUACAUCCUUUCGCUCUGCCUACCAUGCUUUCCCGCAUCACGACAUCUCCACAGGCUCCUCCAAGGGUGCCUUCCAGCGCCGCGGCGAGCGGCUGCUCCAGCUCGUGAAGGCCUGCACCGAGGCCACCGCGCGGCCCCUGCUCUUGAUCCGCGUUUGUGCGCGGUCCGAAGAGCUGGACUCCAGCGAGGAGCUCUAUGCUCAGCUGCGCCUACUGGGUGGCCAGAAAGUCUUCCUGCUGGUCGUGAUCACGGAGCAGCGGCGAUUCCUGGGGGCUGUCCAGCACUUGCAGCUGAGCAACCUGAUCUUCUACGUGUGCCAGGAGGGAUGCCGAGACCUCACCGAUGCAGUGCGCUUCGGAAUGGACUACAGCUACGCAGCUGUGACCUUCGGCCAACACAGCCUGGAAGCCGCCAAAACUGUCAGCCCCCUUUCGCCUGCGCUGCAAGCGAGCAGCCUGCGAAAGUCUUUGGACCAGUCGCACAAGCACUGGCUCACGCGCGACAGUCGCGGCUUGUCACCCACGUCAGACAUCAACGGCUGCUUUGAGAAGGGGCCAGACCAGUUUUUUCCUGGCCGUUUCCACAAGACCACUGCAUUUGAGCCAUCGCCGCACUACGCGCAGCACUUGGAGAAGAAGGUGCUGCAUGCGAGCGGCGAGGAGCUUGCCACUCUCGCCGCCUCGCUUGCGCAAACGCCGCAGCUGGACGUCAACGCCUGGGAUG